AUGAUAUUACCUAAUGAAACAUUAAUUACAGACUUCUUUUCAUUACUUUUCGAAACAACAGACUUGUUUCUUCGUUCGAAUGGUGACCUUUGUAGUUUAUCAUCAGAUGAUCGUUCAAUAUUACUUCGUACUAGCAGUGAAUCUAUAUUAUGUUUAGGUGCAUUAUUUAUUUUGUAUCAAUCUCAAUUAAUAACUUGUCGAUCAUUCUUAAAUGCUCUUCACAAAAUCUAUGGAGACCAAUGUCUUUCUCUUACUAUUUAUGCAACAAAAUUAAUUGAUCCUGAUAUUGUUUUCACUAAAAUGACACUUUCAUUACUGCUUUUCUCGACAAAUAUUUAUUCAUUUUCUUCAAAAUUACAAGAACAUUAUGUUGAUACAAAAACAAUCUUUCUGAUUCAAAAUCGAUACGCCGAAAUAACAUGGAAAUAUCUCCUAUAUAGAUAUAGUCAUCAUGAAGCUGUUUUAAAAUUUAUGAAUUUGAUUCGAUAUCUUUUUGUUCUUAUCCGAACACUGUUUCAUCUUCAAAGUGUUCAACACCAUGUUAAUGAUGUUAUUUCACUUAUUGAAAAUACUGAAUUGAAACUCAUUUUAGAUGAUAUUGAACAGAUAGAAUAA